AUGGCCAACCCCAGCAUCGUGAUCAUCCCCGGCUCCUUCUCGCCUCCUUCCAUGUACACCACCUUCGCAUCCCAUCUUCAGUCCAACGGCUUCGAAACCAUCGUUGGAACCCUCCCGACAGCCUCGCGAACUCCCCCCUCCCCAGCCGCCACAAUGGAAGACGACGCAUCCCACUUUCACGACGUGAUCAAUGCACUCGCCGACGAGGGUAAAGACGUCGUUAUCGUCGCGCAUUCCUACGGUGGUAUCGUCGCGAAUCAAUGUGCACAGGGUCUGUUAAAGACUGACCGUGCGGCGUUUGGGAAGCCUGGUGGUGUUGUCAGGGUGGUGUUUAUCACUUGUAUUGUGCCGGCUUUGGGGUGUUCGACGUCUGAUACUACGAGUGAUAUACGGUUUGAUGGUAUUUCUGUGCAGGGCGACUACAUGACUCUCGACGCAGUGGAGAGUGCAAAGAUGAACUUUUCCGAUCUUCCACUGGACGAGGCAGUCAAGUUCUCCAGCCACGCGACGAUGCAUUCUGCGCUAAGCUUUGCGGGGAAACUCUCGUAUGCUGCGUAUGAGCAUGUGGCUGUGUCGUAUAUCAUCUGUGAGAAGGAUGCCUGUCUCCCUCCUACAUUCCAGCAGGACAGAAUCAAGUUGAUCGAAGAGAAGAGUGGAAAUAAGGUAGACACGCGGUCCAUCAACGCGGGCCAUUUUCCGCCUAUCACUCGACCCGAGGAAUUGGCGGGUUUGAUUCAGGAGGCUAUCAUUCGUGUUUGA